CUCACUUUGCGCAGCUCGGAGCUGCCGGGAAGGAAUGCCCUGGGGCUCCUUUAGGCCUGGGGUCCCUCUUCCGCCAAAUUUGGGGAGAAGGCAGCAAAAGGGGAAGGGAGAAGCCUCCAUUUGACACACCAGGAAUCGGACUGGGUGCUCGUCUCCAUGCCUUCUUAGUAGAGAAGGGUGGGUGGGCACCAGCUGCCGUUCGCUGUCUCUUCCCCUCUUCCUCACUUUCCAUGGAACUUCCAAACCACCCGUGAUUCAUCUGCUUGAGGGGUUGGCCUGCCGGACAACCCCGAAGAAUGUAACCCACCCCCUAACCCGUUGAUGGCAGAGUGGGGGGCAGCUCCUCCAUCUGAGAGAGUGGGGUGGCAGUGAUGGUCCCCUGGCUGCCUGCCUCCUGGAAAUGACUCCUGCCUAACUGCAUCGGUGAGGGGGGCACCCUCUCGCCAACGUUCAAGAUGGAGAAGGCCUUCGGCAACCUCAGCUCGGUCGUCCCCGCUUCGCGCCUCACCCCGGCCUUCCCGCUGGCCGUCAAGGUGGGGCUGACGGCACUGUACACGGCCUUGUAUGCCUUACUUUUCCUGUCGGUCUACGCCCAGCUCUGGUUGGUCCUCUUCUACCGCCACAAGAAAUUCAGCUACCAGACCGUAUUCCUCUUCCUCUGCCUCUUCUGGGCUGCUCUGCGCACCACCCUUUUCUCCUUCUACUUCAGGAACACCCUCAAGGCCAACCACUUGAGCCCCUUCUUCUUCUGGCUUCUCUACUGCUUCCCUGUCUGCCUGCAGUUCUUCACCUUGACCCUCAUGAACCUGUACUUUGCCCAGGUGGUUUUCAAGGCCAAAGCGAAAUACCGCCCUGAGAUGACCAAAGGCCUGUUGGCAGUGCGAGGGGCGUGCCUGGGCGCCAGCAUCCUCUUCCUGGCGGUGAAUGUGGCGUGUGCCGUGCUGGUGCGGGCACGCCGUGCGGAGCCUUGGGCAGUGGUCCUGGCGCGGGUUCUCAUCAGCGACUCGCUCUUCGUGCUCGGGGCUGUCUCUCUGGCGCUUUGCCUUUGCCUCGUUGCCCGUGGCUCUCCUUCCACCCGUGUCUACCUGGAAGCCAAGGGCACCACGCUGUGCCAAACAGCCUCCAUGGGUGGCGUCAUCGUCUUGCUCUACGCCAGCCGGGCUUGCUACAACCUGGCUGCCUUGGCACUGUCCUCCCGCACUCGUCUCGACUCUUUCGAUUACGACUGGUACAACGUAUCUGACCAGGCAGAUCUGAUCACAGACCUGGGAGAUCAAGGCUACAUCGUCUUCGGCCUCAUUCUCUUCAUUUGGGAACUGCUGCCCACGACGCUGCUAGUCGGCUUCUUCCGGGUACACCGGCCAGCUCAGGAUAUGAGCGCCAGCCGUGUCUUCAACCGGCAGCUCGGAGUCUCCCGUUCCUAUUUCUUUGACCACCCCGGGCAGCGUGAUAGCGACGGACUGACAAGCAGCUUGACGGGACGCCUGAGCGGCGGCGGGAGCUGGUAUGGCUCGAUCAACCGCAGUGGGGAGCAGGACUGGUUUGGAGGGCCCCCUCCCACGGCCCCCCUUCUGUUCUCGCAGGCCACUGUUUCCGGCAGCCAUCACCACAGCCUGUAUUCCACCCCACAGAACUGAGAAGAGUGGGAAGGUUUUGCAGGGCGGGCGGACGGGUGGCCAGGGCAAAAUUGGGAGUGGAAACCCGGGAAUGUCUACUGGUGCAGG